CGCCUCGCCUCGCUGAGCAACCACUGCCCCUUCCAGAUCCACGGGAGCGGCACGUCGGUGGACGAGACCAUGAUGCAGUUUCUGCAGAGCAACUACGUCGCCGACCAUGUGCAGUCCAGCGCCAAGUGCGUGACGAUGAAGAGUGGCGAGAACGGCAGGCUGGCGCCCAGACGGAGCUGGCCGAGCGCGAGUGCCAUGUUCGACCCGGCCGCCAGGCAUUCGAGGCCUGGAAGGCACGCCCAGAGGACCGAGACGGAGAAGUCUUGGUUUGACUACAUGGUUCUGGAUGCUGCCCAGAGGCCCGACGCGCGCUCCCCGAGCAGCUCUUCGUCUUCAUCUGCGGACGAGGGCUUUCAUGAUCCCAGCCGCGGCAAGCAGCCGAAACUCGAGCACUCCCCUCGUGAGGAGUCCGCAGAGGUCGCGAUCGCGCACACGGCGAGCAUGACAAAAACCGGUGAGGCCGGCUGCGGGUCCGAGUCGGUCUGCAACAGCGACCCCCGGGGCGAUUCCGCGAGGCUGAAGGAGCUGGCAUUUCGGAUGCCGAGCUGGAACUUCGACAUCUUCGAGGUGGAGCAGCUGACGCCCCGGCCCCUCUCCUUCAUCGGCUUCGUGUGCCUGGACGCGUACUCGAAGUUGGUCCAAUUUGAGAAACCAAAGCUGCUGGAGUUCCUCAACGACGUGGAGGGCGGGUACCGGAAGGUGCCGGAGUUCCAAUUCGCGGGCGGUUCUUCGCUGGUCAACCGUCGCCGCAUGAGUCUUUUCCUCUCUCCCUCACAAUGCGCUCGACACGCUACGACCUGA